GUAUUGUCUUGUUAGAACUUAGAACCAGUCGAUCCAAGUCUCCGAUCCUCCACCGUUGAUCUGAACCUCUUCUAUAAAGGAAAGCUGUGAUCUUUCUCUUGUUAGGAUCAAACUCUGGAAAUGGGUAGCCGGGGAUUUUGUGUUUUUAGGGUUUUGAUGUUGAUUUUGUUGAGUUGCUUUGUGUUGAGAGGAGCUGAUGGAGAUGGGAUCAGUGAAGAGUGUAGCAGUGAUUUUCAGAAGGUGAUGCCUUGCCUGGAAUACGCAACAGGGAAAGGGAAUACGCCUGCGAAGCAAUGCUGUGAUGCAGUGAAGGAUUUGCAGAAAAGUGAGCCAAAGUGUUUGUGUUAUAUAAUUCAACAGGCACAUAAUGGUAGUGCUCAGGUAAAGCGCUUGGGUAUUCAAAUAGAUAGGUUGCUUCAACUUCCUUCUGCUUGUCAGCUCCAAAAUGCCAGUGCUAGCGUUUGCCCUAAGCUUCUUGGCCUCUCUCCUACCUCACCGGAUGCUGCAAUUUUCACAAAUACUACAGCAACUACUCCCGCUACUCCCGCCGGAUCAUCAUCACCGGGGAAUUCUGACGGCUCCGUUGGAACCACGUACAAACCUUUCUUCUUCAAUCCUCUGGCGAUCGCCGUGGCCCUUUUUAUCUACACUCUCUACUGAGUUCACUUCUAUGAUCUGAACUCCAGAAUAUGGAAGGCCACCAUUAAAGCUCUGAGUUUGCUUUUCUGUACUAUUGUUGUUUUCUUCUUAACUUUCCCAGGAUUCCAUUUCAGUUUCUAUGCAUUUUUAUUGUAAUCAUCUUAACUUUUGUGACUUUCUCAAUUAAUCACACGUGUUUUGGUAUUUAUGCCAUUCUCUUCA